AUGCUUGUUCAGCAAUGGGUAACGUCCCUUCAGGGCUUAGACAGCCUCCGGCAGACCCAAGUGUCAAUGCCCUUGCCUGGUCCUGGUGAAGUGUUGGUGGAAAUUGAUGCUGUCUCGCUCAACUACCGGGAUGUUGAAGUGACCAAAGGCGAAUACAAACACCACAAAACGGCUGAACAGAAUGCUACCAUUGUCCCCUGCUCGGAUAUGUGCGGCAAAGUUAUUCAGGUCGGGGCUGGGGUAGCCCAAUGGGCGGUGGGUGAUCGGGUCUUGUCAACUUUGGUGCCCGAUCAUCAGACUGGCCAAGUGACGGAAAAGGAGCUUUCGCAGAGUCUAGGACUUCCCCUAAAUGGCGUCCUUGCCACUCACCGCGUCUUUCCCGCGUAUGGCCUGGUCCCCGCCCCGAGCUAUAUGCCUGACGAGGAGGCAUGCACGCUACCUAUCGCUGCAGUCACCGCUUGGAUGUCCAUUAAUGGCAUGCGGCCCAUAGGCCAAAGCGGUGCCAACGGUAAGUAUAUCCUGCUCCUAGGCACUGGUGGUGUGGCCAUUGCCGGCCUGCAAAUUGCCAAGGCUGCAGGUGCAAAGGUUAUCAUCACGUCCUCAUCGGAUGCCAAAUUGGACGAAGCCAAACGGCUUGGCGCGGAUUUUACCAUCAAUUACCGAACGAACCCAAACUGGGAAGCAGAGGUCAUGAAAUUGACCAAUAACAACGGUGCUGAUAUCAUCUUAGAGACUGGUGGUGCACAGACUUGGAGAAAGAGCUUUGACUGCAUUGCAUUCGGAGGACUGAUCAACUGUAUUGGAUAUGUCUCGGGCAAGGUAGAUGCGGCUGAUGAUCGCAUGAACGUGAAUAUUUUGGCCUUGCGACGCACUGUGACACUGAAAGGGAUUAUCAAUGGUCCCAAGGAUCGGUUCGAGGAGAUGCUCCGAUUUUACGACAUGCACCAGAUCCACCCAGUGGUCUAUCGCAACUUUUCGUUCGCCGAGUCCAAGGAGGCAUUCAAGUUCCUGGAGAAUGGUAGCCACUUUGGCAAAGUAGUGAUCAAAAUCAAGCCGUAG